CCGCCGCCAGUUCCAGCUAUGCCAAGGAACCCAGGCCACAGUCCAGUCUCUCAGCCGAAGGAGAGCGACAGCGGCCGGAACCGCCACCAUCACCAGCCGGAAGAAAUCCAGGAGCUGACCAUGCAGCUCAGACACAUUGGGGACAGUGUCAAUCGAGGGAUGAUCCAGGAGCAUCUUCCACAGGAGCCCGGCGGGGCGCUGGCUCCUUUCGUGGUGCUGAUGUUCCUGAGGGGUCCCAUGCUGCUGCGAUUCUUCUGGAACAACCAUUUGCUGUAAAGGACAGCCAAACAAGCCCUGCCCUCCAGGCUGCUUCCCAGGGGACAGGGGUCUCGCUGGAGAGGGGUCCCUCUCCCACCCCUCCUCCUCCCAGCUGCUAAUGCUCUGUGCAAAGCUGGAAAGAGCUGGGGUCUCCAUUACUCAGAGCUGAGUGCUGGCCCAGUCGCCUUCUCUUCCACUCCGGACCCCAUCACCCUUUCAGGUCUGGCUCCUGUGCCUGCUGGAUUCAUUCUUUCUCAAGCCUGUGGAACCCAUCCUGCCUCUGAAGUUCCCUUUGGCCUCGCCUGAACCCAUUCCCGAAGCGAGGCCCACAGACAACUCUCCAGCCCCAUGCUCUCUGGGUGCCUCCUGUCUGCCCAGCAAGCCCACCUUCUAGAUAGCUGGGCGCUGAGUCAGUUACUCCUGUUUCUCCUUGCCGGCAGCUCAUGGGGAGGGGGGAGGAUUGCCUUUCCCGGUCUCCUCUGUCCCCUCUGCCUUCACUCUUCUUUCGAGGCUUUGUCUGUCUCCCCUCCUAACCCCUCAAAGGGAUUUCCGGUCCCGAGAAAGUUUGUUUAUAACUACAAGUUCUGUGUGUGUGCAUUCUGGGUGUUUAAUGUGUAG